AAAUUUAGAGUGAGCGUUUUUCUCGUUUUUUUGGUCAUGGCUUUGGUGUUAAUUGCCCAAACCAAUGCUCGCCCUGUGCCAACUCCUACUAAAAGUUGUCGACUUUCUUGUCCCGCAUGUGCUACUGCAAAACCGAUUCAUUGCGAUAUUGCUUGCGUAGAGAUAUGCGAUUAA